AUGUGGAAAUUAUUGAUUGCUGUAUUAUUUUUUUCGGUCGUUUCGAUAAGUCAUGGCCUCGAAUCGCGUGUUGUGGAUACUGAGCAGGGUCCUGUGAGAGGAUACAGGGAUUCCGAUAACGGUUUGUUUGCUUUCUAUAGCAUCCCCUAUGCAAAAGCCCCCAGCGGCCGUCAGAGAUUUAAGGCUCCAUUACCAGCGGCAGCCCGGACAGGAAUAUUUGAGGCAGUAGAUAAAGGUAUAAUAUGUCCUCAAAUGGCUAUGUCACCAAUGCUACAGCAACCUCUAUUAAUGACAGAAGAUUGUCUGAUUGCUAAUAUAUUUGUACCAGACACAACGAAGGAUAAUCUUCCAGUUGUUGUUUACGUUCACGGAGGAGGUUAUAUACUGGGUUAUGGAAAUUUGUUCCUUCAUAAAAAUUUGGUCAAAUCCAAAGAAGUAAUUGUCGUCAACUUCAACUAUCGUCUUGGAGCUCAUGGAUUUUUGUGCAUGGGAACAGAAGAUAUUCCUGGAAAUGCUGGCAUGAAAGACCAAGUAGCUUUGUUGCGUUGGGUCAAGAAAAAUAUAAAGAAUUUUGGGGGCGAUCCCGAUGAUGUAACUAUCGCUGGCUAUAGCGCUGGUGCUUCGUCUGUUGAUUUACUCAUGUUAUCAAAAAUGACUAAAGGAUUAUUUACGAAAGUUAUUCCAGAAAGUGGCGCAAACUCGGCCGCUUGGAGUGUUCAAACAGAUCCCAUAGCGGUUGCUAAAGAAUACGCUAGGUCCCUCGAUUUUUCAAACGUUGAUGACUUUUAUGCGCUUGAAGAAUUUUACAAGACUAUUUCAUAUGAAAUAUUGUCUUCAAAAUUAACUCUUAACCGAACAAAUUCGGUAUUUUUGUUUAGUCCAUGUGUUGAACGAAAUACAGAAGGAGAAGAAUUUCUUAUUGAUUCUCCAGUAAAUAUACUCAAAAAUGGUAACUAUAUGAAGUUACCAAUGCUCUAUGGAUUUGCAAAUAUGGAAGGCUUAUUACGUGAAGUUUUAUUCACAGAAUGGAAGGAAAGGAUGAACAAUCAAUUUGCUGAUUUCUUGCCACCAGAUCUGCAAUUUGAAAGCGAAAAGGACAAGAAUGAUGUGAUAAAUAAAAUAAAGAAGUUUUAUUUCGGGGAUGGUCAAGUUGAUGAUGGAAAAGUUUUAAAGUAUAUUGACUUUUUUUCUGACUUACUUUUUACGUAUAGUACAUUGAGAUCAGUGAAACUUCACGUGGAAGCUGGUAAUGAUAAAAUUUACUUGUAUGAAUAUUCGUUUGUAGAUGACGACACACCCCUUGUUUUACAUACAAAUGUCCGUGGUGCUACACAUUGUGCGCAAUCAAUGGACGUAUCAGAUGGGAAUUUUACUCAUCCCGAUGAAAACGUCAUGACUAAAGACCAUAGAGAUAUGAAAAAGUUACUUCGCGAUAUAUGGUAUAACUUCUUAAAAAUGGGAAUGCCUGUACCUGAAGGGUCGGACUUGCCAGCUUGGCCGGCGGUGGGGAAGGACUGGUCUCCCCACAUGAAUAUUAAUAUCCCCAUGAAGCUCGGGGGAUCGUUGUUGAAGGAGAGAACAUUAUUUUGGGAUGAGAUCUAUGAAAAACACUACCGUCAACCAUCACCACCGCCACCACCACCUCAACGGCGAAUUGAGCUUUAAAACGUAAUAAAUUGUGAUUCUUCGUGAGAUGUAUAUGAUAAUUAAUGAUUUGUAAUAGAAAAUGUCU